AUGUUACUACCAUCAUAAGAAUAUUUACCAGAAUAAUACAUUCCUUUCAAAAUAGCAAUUGGAAUAAGUUUUUUAUUAAAAUUGAUUUCCACAGCAAUAAUGGUUUACAAAUAAUCAAGUUGCCAUAUUUAUUUUCUAGAUUGGGAACCUCCUCGUAAAUAUGAAAGUAAAGAAGAAGACAAAGUAUGGAGAACUCUUUUUGUUGCUAAUGAAUUUAAUGAACUAAGUGUUUUGAGAACAAUAUCAGUGGAAUGGUCUUUAUUUUUCUUGGGAUUAUUUAUGUCAGGUUUUGAAUGGGAAAAUACAGCAGCUUAGCAACCUACUAUACAUAGAGAAUUAAAUACUGAUUCUGUAAAAAUAAAUAUAGUUUUGAAGUUAUUUAUUGGAUGUGGAAUUUUCUAUGUAAUUGGUUUAGCUUAAAUUAUUUUAAGACAAUUAAUUAAAAUUUGGUUUCCAUAUAAUAUUUAAGACUUUACAGAUUUUUGUUCUGUAGCAAAUAUUUCUAUUUUUAUUUUUGAUGAUUAUUUGCAUGGGUAUUAUGUACAUGGAUAAUCUCCGGAUAAAUAUGCUGAAGGAAAUGCUUUAUGGCUAAUGUAAUGUCUAGGUGAUGAUAUUGGGCAUGGAGAUUUCUUAACUAAUAUAUUUGGAUAAAAUGCACUUUAGCAAUAAUAAUAAAUGAUGAAUAAUUCAUUAUUAAAUAGGAUUGCUUGA